UUUGUGAUCUGAAGAAUGGCGUUUUACGUGUGGUCCCUCCUUAUUAUUCUGUAUCAAACUAUCCUAUGCGUGUUCUUCACCUGGUUGACGCUGGAGUGCAAACUAGCCCCGGAGCCGGCGGAACCUCGUGAGGUCACACUCAUCAAGAUGCUGUACUUGUUUGAGCCGGAGAGCUGCCAGCGCCACUAUUACUACAACUACUCGGUGUUGGUCGACAACACGCGCACCCGGUCGAAUAUACUCUGGAUGGAAACUAACUGGGUUGCUGCUUCUUUCAGAAACAAGAUGAAGCUGUGGGUGAGCCUCCACAUAUGUUGGCUAGGGCUGUCGCUCCUCAACGUCAGCCUCGGCCGCCGUCCGUGCGGGUUUUACACGAUACUACUGCCUCUAACAGGAAUCGGCAUAGCCCUGCUGGUCGUUGACUUGGUCCAUGCUGCGUUGUUCAUGCUUGACGCCGUCCACACACGGACUGAAGGACAAAUCUGGGACUACAUCGGGACCGAGCACCAGAUUAAGAUAAUCCCUCCGCUACCCCAGUACGUGGUUGCGGUGGAAGAAGCUGACACCUCCUGGGUUUCCCUUCUCUUCGCAUAUGGGAGCCUGAGGGGCAUCGUGCAGUGGAUCGUCAACUUCUGGAUCGUGCAGGACAACUAUUUUGAUGGACUGCAUUAUUAUCGGGAGUUAGGCUUGCAAGAGAAAAAUAAGCGAAGAAAUUAUUAACUAAAACGCGGAUACUGACAAAUACUAUAUGAAACCAUAAGAGAAC